UGGGAUGGGGCGGGGCCUCAGCCUGGUUCUCCAGCCGCCUGUCAGGCCCCCAGCAUUCCCGAGGCUUCAGCUUCAGCGACUGCGGCAGAAGAGCAAGACUCCGGCUCGCUCAGCAUGUCUGAGAAGCGACACACAGACGACGCCCGGCGGCUGCCCGACUCCCUCAAGGACAGCCCCCGUACAGGCCUUGGAGUUUGUGGAUGGAUCUUGGUGGCUGCCUCAUUCCUGUUCACACUUAUAACUUUCCCAAUUUCAAUAUGGAUGUGCAUAAAGAUUAUAAAGGAGUAUGAAAGAGCCAUCAUCUUUAGACUGGGUCGAAUUUUACAAGGAGGUGCCAAAGGACCUGGUUUGUUUUUCAUUUUGCCCUGCACUGACAGCUUCAUCAAAGUGGACAUGAGGACCAUUUCUUUUGACAUCCCUCCCCAGGAGGUCCUCACGAAGGAUUCAGUGACAAUCAGCGUGGAUGGUGUGGUCUAUUACCGUGUUCAGAAUGCGACCCUGGCAGUGGCAAAUAUCACCAACGCGGACUCAGCGACCCGUCUUCUGGCACAAACGACUCUCAGGAAUGUUCUGGGCACCAAGAACCUUUCCCAGAUCCUCUCUGACAGGGAAGAGAUUGCACACAACAUGCAGUGCACUCUGGAUGAUGCCACUGACGACUGGGGAAUAAAGGUGGAGCGAGUGGAAAUUAAGGACGUGAAGCUCCCCACACAGCUCCAGAGAGCUAUGGCCGCAGAGGCAGAAGCAUCCCGGGAGGCCCGAGCCAAGGUUAUUGCCGCGGAGGGAGAAAUGAAUGCCUCCAGGGCUCUGAAAGAAGCCUCCAUGGUUAUCACCGAGUCUCCUGCAGCCCUUCAGCUUCGGUACCUUCAGACAUUGACCACCAUUGCUGCCGAGAAAAACUCCACGAUUGUCUUCCCUCUGCCCAUAGAUAUGCUGCAGGGCAUCAUGGCGGCAAAACACUGAGCCAUGUAGGCCGGCGCUGGGAUGUGCUCUACACGUCCAAGCAAGGAGUAGGGGACCAAAUUAGCCUUAGUUCACAAGGAGAGAGUAGGGCAGGGAACCUUGAAUAUCCUCCCUCCCUGUCCUUUUCUGUAUGUUGAGGUUCUUAGAAUGUGUAGUGAUCGUAGAAACAGUGGAAGGAAUUGUUGGCUUGCAAAUACUGAGAGAGUGAGAUCGGUGAUUUAUAUAUAAGAUAAUCUCCCACCCUUUAAGAUACUUAAGGGUUUGUAUUUUAGAUCAUCUUGUAAUAGGAAAAACCUCUCUUCUUUUGACUUCCAUUGAGUCAUUCUGAACCUGCCAUCAGCGCUACACCAGAGGCAAGAACACAGGCUAACACUGCUACCUGUCACCUUGUGGCACAGCCAGCUUCUCUGGGCCAUCUGUGCCUUACCACCAGGGAGCCUUAAUUGAGGACAUUUCCCUGGUGUCCACCUACUUUAUAAACCCAAACCUCACUGGGUAGGAGCCAUCUUCCUGUCGUACCUAUCAAACUACAAGAAAUGGUCAGGCUCGAUAAAAACAGGUUACCCUAAGCCUUUGGUGACUUUUAAAUUCACCACUGUGGAGGUCCUUUUGAAAAUAAUAGAUGCAGUUUUUGUAACUCCUUUGAGCCUCCUUCAGGAGGAAAAGACUCCUCUGUGGUCUGUCUUUCAAACCAGCUAUCUACUUACCACAAAAGUGCUUCUUCUAACUUUUGCCUAUUUUCAUAUAUCAAGUUUUGAAUAGUUUUGACUUUUUAAUAAAACUUUCUCUAAGUUCUAUAAACAGACCCAUAUGAAUAGCUAAAGGAUCAAAAGACUUUUUUAAAAAAAUCUUCAAAAAACCAUUAUAUUUUACUGUCUGCAUGCUGUUAACUAUUGUACAUUUUGAAAUACCCCACUCAUGAAGUAGCGUAACAAAUAUAUUGGAUCAGUUAUAUCAAAGGAUCAUGGGCCAACACUGUUGAACUUAGGAUACAUAUGGGAGAUGUAGAACUUUUAGUUUGCCUCCUUGUUCUUUUUCUCCUGUAUCUGUUGCUGCUCAAGAAGGAAGUGGCCACCCCGUUGGGGUCAUAGUUUUUUCUGUAAUAUUAGGAAGCACCUUGUUUUGCAAAUGCCUAUGAACUGGAGCAACCUGACAUGCUUUCUACUGGCCUGGAAAGCUGGUUGUUGACAUUUACAACACAUCCUCUCUCUGAGGCUCUCAGUUUACCUGGAGAAGUCUAAAAAUAACAGCUUCCUUUCCCAGCACCUGUCUUCCUCUCAGCCCUUAGCUAAAUCACUCUGUGAGUCCCAGCCCACACUGUCCCUUCUACUAGACUCCUUUUCCAAGCUUAUUUUAGAAAACUUUGAACUAUGUUCUGUCCAGGUUCCUGAGUGUAUUGGAGAUGUAUGGACUGUUUCAGCUCAGGACUCAAGUUGCAUUUGCAUUUUGAUUUUUUUAUAUGAUGACUUUGUCUGUUGAUCUUUGACCUCUGAGGACCAGGAAGCUCCAUACCCUGGUGAAAGUCUCUCCUCAGAUGUAGCAUGACAGUGCUUUUGGUUCUGAGUUUCCUUCUCUCCAGAUACUGAAUGACUUUCCUUUUGCUGCCUUACGAAUUCAUAGGCUACAGUUAAAUCACUUGGGAGGGAAAAAGCAUAGAAGGAGCCCUGGGGUGAGAGCACUAGGGCAAGAGUGUUUCCCAUGACAACCCCUUCUCAUAAUGUACAUAAUAAAGUGUGUGGGCUUCAGUGUUCUCUGGA